AUGUCAAUGAAAGCGGCUGUGUUCAAAGAAAAGAAUGGGAAAUUAGAGGUAGUACAAAUGCCAAUUCCAGAACCUCAACCAGGAUGGGUUAGAAUUAAAGUUGAAGCAUGUGGAGUUUGCCAUAGUGAUUUCUUUGUUAAAUAUGGUGGAAUGGGAAAUAAAUUUCCAAGGGUACCAGGUCAUGAAGUAAUUGGAAAAGUUGAUAAAUUAGGACAAGGUGUUAAUAAUGAAGAAUAUGGAAUUGGUAAAAUGGUAGGAGUUGGAUGGUUUGGUGGUAAUCAUUGUGGUAAAUGUGAAGAUUGUAAAGAGAAUGAAUGGGUACAUUGUAAAGAAUCCUAUGUUUGUGGAAUUCAUUAUGAUGGUGGAUAUGCAGAGUAUAUGACAGCACCAGCAGAUUCACUAGUUCCCAUACCAGAUUGUAUGGAUCCAGUUGAAAGUGCACCAUUGUUAUGUGCAGGUGUAACUGUAUUCAAUUCAUUUAGAAAUCAAAAAGUUAAAGCACCUGCAUUAGUUGGAGUUCAAGGUAUUGGUGGAUUAGGUCAUUUGGCAAUUCAAUUUUGUAAGAAAAUGGGUUUUGAAGUGAUUGCUCUAUCAAGUGGAAAUUCAAAAGAACAAUUAACCAAAGAAUUGGGUGCUCAUUAUUAUGUUGAUACUUCAAAAGAUGGAUACAUUGAUAAAGUUAAAUCAAUUGGUUCAGUCAAAUGUAUUUUAGUAACUGCUCCAUUUGCAUCGGCUGUACCAGGUCUAUUAGAAUGCUUAGGUACAAAUGGUAAAUUAGUCAUCCUUGCCGCAUUUAAUGAACCAUUUAAUGCAAGUUCUAUAGCAAUGAUUGGUGGUUCGAAAUCAAUUAUUGGUUGGGCUUCUGGAGAUUCUCGUGACUCUUCUGAUACCUUUAACUUUGCUCGUAAUAACCAAGUUAGACCAAUGGUAAAAUCAUUCACAUUAGAAGAAGCAAAUGAAGCAUUAGAUGGAAUUAAUAAUGCUAGAUUUAGAAAUGUUAUUAAAAUGUAA